UCACUUGUGUGUGGGACUGUGUCGAAGCUUCUCCCGGGACAGCGCAGGGAAAGUUCGGUGUGAGAACAGAGGAACUCACGGAGGAUUCCGGAUGAAGGACGGGUUGAAAGCGGGACUCGCUCGGCUGCCUUCCACUUCGCUGUAGCGCUUCUUUUUCCUUUUUUUGCUUUUCCCAGACUCGCUCAGGUUGUGGCGGCUUUUCAACGCGACCUCCGCGGGAUCGAGAGUUCAUCUCGAAGCUUCCAAAGAUGAACUUGGAUCCGGUGCUCGGGAAACUUUCUGUGUUGGUGGCAGCACUCCUCAGUGCUGGGCUGGUGUGUCACUCAGCGGACCUUCCGGCAUCGCAGCGGUCCGGCGAAGAAUACAGAAACCUCACUCUGCGACAACACAGGACCUGCGUGGAGAACGAGCAGUACCACCACCAGACACUCUGCUGCCUCAACUGCCAUGCAGGAACCUAUGUGCAGAAGGCCUGUGAGAGAGACCAUGAGCAAGGGAUGUGUCUUCCCUGUGAGCACGGACAGACUUACACUGAGCACUCCAACGGGAUGAACCGCUGUCUGCCGUGCACCCACUGCCGUUUAGAUCAGACUGUAACGGCGUCGUGCACUACCACAGCAGACACCAAGUGCCAGUGCAAACAGGGGACCUUCUGUGUGCCAGAGCAGGCCUGUGAAGUCUGCAAACGUUGUGUCAAGUGUAAACCAGGGGAGGAGGAGACGAGGAAGUGCACCCCCUUUUCGAACUCAUUGUGUCGAAAACGGGAUCCGUCCCCGACCAAAACCUCCACAGCCCUUCCCUCUCCGACCCCUUCCACCGCAGCCGACACAGUGGUUCCUUUAAUAGCUUACAUUUUCUUGGCCAUCAUCCUGAUAUUGUUGAUCGGACUGGCUGUGUGGUGGUUCGUGAUCAAGCAACAUUCAUGUGAAAUACCAUGCACAAAGAGCCAGUGUGAUUCCAGUGAAAUUGUGAAGAUUCCCAUUGACGAGAGUGGAGCCACAGCAGAGGAGAGGCAGAAUAAUCAGAAUGCAGGUCUGGAGGGUGAGGAGUCCCGUCCGGAGUCUCGGCCCCUGCUGCAGGAGACCCAGGUCGGGAUAACCAAGUCCCCUCCGCCGGAGGACGAGGACCGGGGACUAGGGGACAGCCUCCCUAACACAACCAGCUCGUCUCAAACCAGCCUGUCAGCCCUGCCCACAGCGGCUUCCUCUGGCAGCACUCCACACCAGAGCCCCAUUGCCUUCAGACUGCUCCCUGCAGACAUGGACGAUCCUCUGCGACAUCAGCUAGUGCCAGUACAAGGGUCAGAAAAAUCCCUGAAGAAGAGCUUUGAUUUGUUUGACGAGCACCUGGACGUGGGGAUCCACAACAAGUUCUUCCGAUCGAUCGGAGUCAGCGACAACAGCAUCCGGAUCGCGGAAAACGGCCCCCCUGUUGACAAAGUUUAUGAACUACUGAAGAUCUGGAUGCAGAGGCAGGGACUCAAAGCCGACAUCAACGACCUGCUAGACGCUCUGCUGACCAUGGGCCAGCGGCGCUCGGCAGAGAGCAUCGCCUCCAUGGCGCUGCAGAGAGGCUACUAUAAGCACGCAGACACGCCCUGAAGGCCGACGCAACAGCGGACAUCGAGUCAAGAAGAGACUUAAUACAAGACAAAAUAAAAAGCACACAGACGCUGUCGUCGGACGUUGUGUCUCACGAACAGGCUUACCUCUUUGUGGCGGCCCGGCCAUGUAUUCAGAAGCCAGUAGUUUUAAAAAGAAAAGAAAAAAACACAAAAAGGGGAAGGUCGAGUCAUACUGAUGAGCGCUCCGAGGUUGUCGACGAUCUGCCAAACACCGACGUGUUAUCAUGAACACCGUGAAGAAGGAGGUUUGUGCUAAUAGCUAACCCAGCAACCCAAACAGAAAAAGAGCAGGAAAAAAAUCCUGAAGUCGUCAAUUUCCAACCGCUGCGUGUUUCCAGACUGUUGCGAAUGCAACACGCAGCCAAAUACUGAAAGUCUCUGGGUGUUUGUGUGUGUGUGUCGCUCUUCUGGUCCCCCCCCCCAGAUCACAGCACACGACCUGGAGACAAGCAUAUACACUGGUUUGUAGAAGUGGCAUUAACUAUGUCACUUAUACUGUGCCUCACUGAUGCACUGACCUCUGGCACAUGUAGGAUAAAAAAACUACAAUAAUGCUAUGUUUUUUUUUUGUUUGUUGUGACUACAAGCAUUUUGUCCGUUUAUUCUGCCAACAGUUAACAUGCAGUCUUGCUAAUCAUCAGACUUACCUCUUCAAUGCCUUUUGAUGAUCUAAAUAUACUUAGGUUACAUUUUUCUAUAAUUAUGAUUCAUUCAUAGAGCAUAGUGAUUCAGAAAUCUUCGUACAACCACGGCACAUAGUAGAAAUCUCUUCAUCCGGCCUUUCACAUGUUCAGUGUUACUACUCAUACAUAACGUUGGAGAAGGAAUUUCACAAAGGCUGUUUCUGUUAGAAAAACUUUCAAUAGUGAUAUUUUCAAGUAAGUUACAAAACUUCAGAGGUCGUUUUUAUUUAUUGAUAUAUUUAUUGUAUUGAAUAAUAACUAUCUUUUAUUAUUUAUACCAUUGCCAAAAGCGACCCUGGAAAACAAGCACACUGUCUGUUUAUGUUGUAAUGAUGUCUAACUACAGGGCAAAAAUGACUGACAUCACAUUUUUCGAGAUGUGACUGAUAUUUUGUUCAAACUGCCGUUUCUCGUUGAUUUGUCAAUAUCGCGUGUGCCAUACCCUCACGAAUGACUUUCCGUUCACAGCACGUGCACAACAGUGUGGAAUCUUACUUAAUGCUGAAGAGUAGAACGUGUCAAAUUUGAAGGGUUGAAAUGACGCCGGGUUGAGUCCAGCUGUCGAUAGUUAACCGUCUGACCGAAUAGUCCGACCACACGUCAGCGGUGACUCGAGGUGCAGGUACGGAUUGUUUAGACUCGGUGGAAGAUGAAGGAAAACUUUUCUGGAUUCAAUAAGAAGCUCAAAUGUGUUUCCCCCGGUUCUGUCCAGUGUACAUAAGAAUGUCUGAAGAGCGUUGAAUCCUCACUGAAAGCAUAUGUACACAUUGAUUUACAUAUGCACAGGCUCUAUCAACCAAAAUUAAUAUAGUGAGAUAUGAAGUAAUUGAAGAAAUGCCAACCAGAGUGGGUGCAGUUCAGGUUGUGACAGCUGGAACCAGUCUUUUCUGCCGUCUCGUGUAUAAAGAGUUACAGAGUUAUAUAUUGUUGCUGCAGAGUGAUUCUACAGUGCUGGCACUGCCAUCUAUUGACAGACAAUGAAAAUACAGCCUGCAUCAAUAUCUUUAGGGACCCUACACACGCUGCUUCCUCACCUAACAUUCUCACUUCAAGCUUCUUUUUUAACUCCUCCCUUUUUCCUCUUUAAAAUUCCUCUCAGCCUUUUGGAAGUAGCAUGGCAGUGAAUAGGCUUCAGCGCAUGUUCCAGUGAGUGUAUGUCUCUUUUUUUACAUAUAUACUCUGUGUUUUUUACAUAUUUCAUUGCAAGUCCUGAGUUGCUCAAUCAACAUCCCUCAUGUAAUACAUUUCUGUCCAGCCAUUUAAAAUCAUUUCCUCACCCUUAGUUAUUGUUUGCUUGUCAUGGAUUUCAGAUUUACAUUAUGCAAAUAUGACGAAAAGCUGUUUUUAUGUCAAUUUCAAAUAAAUGUUUUGUACAGAUA